UGUAGUCAACGUAAACAGUCAGCUAGCGUUUUUGCUAGGGAGCAAACUGUUCUUUGCGUUUGAUAGCUAGUUUACUGUAUUACCGCGUUAUUACACGAAUUAACACGAUUUAAUGAGAUGUACCAGAACUUCGUAGAUGUUUCUCUCUUAACGAUUGCAUUUGGUUGAAGAAGCCAGCUUUACCAACAAGAGAGCUUAGCUAUCUAGCUAACGUUGGCUAACGUUAACUGUCUUGUGUAACGUUACCAUGGACCAAUACAGUAUUUUGGGUAGAAUAGGAGAAGGAGCCCAUGGCAUUGUUUUCAAAGCAAAACAUAUCGAGACUGGAGAGACUGUGGCUCUGAAGAAAGUAGCUCUGAGAAAGCUGGAGGAUGGGAUCCCCAACCAAGCCCUCAGAGAGAUCAAGGCUUUACAGGAGAUUGAAGACAACCAAUACGUGGUGAAGCUAAAGGAUGUGUUCCCCCACGGUACAGGGUUCGUCCUGGUGUUUGAGUACAUGCUCUCCGACCUCUCCGAGGUCAUCAGGAACUCCCAGAGGCCUCUCACCGAGUCACAUGUCAAAGGUUACAUGAUGAUGCUGCUCAAAGGGGUUGCCUUCUGCCACGAGAACUCCAUCAUGCACAGAGAUCUGAAACCAGCCAACCUGCUCAUCAGCUCUACAGGUCAUCUGAAGAUAGCAGACUUUGGCCUGGCCAGACUCUUCAACAACAAUGGAGAGCGCCUCUACAGUCACCAGGUGGCCACCAGGUGGUAUCGAGCACCAGAACUGCUUUAUGGGGCAAGGAAAUACGACGAAGGUGUAGAUCUCUGGGCAGUGGGGUGUAUCUUUGGAGAACUUCUGAAUAGCUCCCCUCUGUUCCCUGGAGAGAAUGACAUUGAACAGCUGUGCUGUGUUCUCAGAGUCCUGGGGACACCCAACCAGCGCAUGUGGCCGGAGAUCACAGAGCUGCCUGACUACAAUAAGAUCACCUUUAAGGAGAACCCUGCCAUCCCUCUAGAGGAGAUAGUCCCUGAUACCUCGCCUCUGGCUGUGGACCUGCUCAACAAGUUCCUGGUCUACCCCUCUAAACAGAGGAUCAGUGCCAGACAGGCCCUGCUCCAUCCCUAUUUCUUCUCUGAGCCCCUGCCAGCCCACCACUCGGAGCUGCCUAUCCCCCAGCAUGGAGGGAAACAUUCCCGUCAGCGACUCCAGCCUCCUGUAGAGUUCUCUGUAGAUCUGCCCCUCUCAGAGAACCUGGUGGACCCUGCUCUGGUCCAGGGACACGCCUGGUGUCUGUGACUGACUGGCCUCCAUGCUUUUCAUAGCCUGGGUGGGAGUAGCACUAUGUUUGACCGUCAGAGCCUGAUGUUACCUGCUCUGGUCCAGGGACACGCCUGGUGUCUGUGUCUGUUCUUCAUGUUCGUCCUAGCCUGCUUAAACCAGGGGUGUAUUCACUAGAAACCAAACGGGACCAAACGGAAUUUGUCCAAUAGAAACCUUUGUUCUCGUUGCAAAUAAUUUUCCCGUUGCAAAACGUUUCGCAACGGUGUACGACUAAUGAAUACAACCCAGAAUGUAGCCUGAUGUAUCCUGCCCCGGUCCAACGACACGCCUGGUGUCUAUGACUGACUGUUCAUCCUAGCCUGAGUCCAGAUCUGUUUGUGCUGUUUUGCCAACAGAAUUUGCUGUCAUUGUUAUGGGCGUGGAGUUGGCAAGACAGCACAAACAGAUCUCGGACUCAGGUUAUGUUAAUUGCACCAUAUAAUAUUUAUAUUGGUAUUUACAUUAUCUUUGUACAUAAGAUGCGGCAGGUAGCUCAGUGGUUAAGAGCGUUGUGCCAGUAACCGAAAGGUAGCUGGUUCUAAUCCCAGAGCCGACUAGGUGA